AUGGAAGUUACAGAAAAGCAGUAUUUUCUGCCAUAUUUAUUUAUAUUUCAAAGAGAAGAACCAUGGAUAACUCUAAUUAUUAAAACAGUGCCCCUGACAGACCCCAAAAAAGCCCAGGAGCCCUUAAUCAAUCUCUCCAAAGUGGUGAUCAGGUUUAACAAGGACCAGUUGGAGGAGCUCAAGGAGGCCUUCAAGCUGUUUGGCAGAGUGCGGGAUGGCAAGAUCCUGUACAGCCAGUUUGGGGACAUGAUGGGGGCCCUGGGCCAGAACCCCACCAAUGCCAAGGUGCUCAGAGUCCUAGGGAACCCCAAGAGUGAUGAGCUGAAGUCCCAGCAUGUGGACUUAAAGACUUUCCUGCCCAUGCUCCAAGCAGCAGCCAAGAACCGGAACCAGGGCACAUAUGAGGACUACUUGGAAGGGCUUCACGUGUUUGACAACAGCAAAGUUAGGAGAGCUGAGCUCAGACAAGCCCUUACCACCCUGGGAGAAAAGAUAGCUGAAGAGAAGAUGGAGACUGUUCUGGCAGGACAUGAGGUCAGCAACGGCUGCAUCAACUACGAGGCCUUCCUAAAACAUCCUAAGCGUACUGAGCUCUGCCGAUCCUUAGGGCCCAGACACUGGCCUCCAUAG